CAUCAACAACUGUCGGAGUCUAUAUAUAAUCUAAUAUUUUCUUUUGCUUUUUCUUUCUUUGUCAGUCAGUCCGACUAUUUGCUAAACAGUCUGUAACCCUUUCAAGUCCAAUCCCAAGCUCUCUCUUGUCAAUGUCGAGCCCCGAUCCGGAGCACAGAGAAGAGGAAGAAACCCCCACCGCCGAAGAUGAAGACACCGGCGCACAGGUCGCCCCAAUCGUCAAGCUCGAACAUGUUUCCGUCACCACCGGCGAAGAAAACGAACACGCCAUCCUCGAUCUGAAAUCAAAGCUUUAUCGAUUCGAUAAGGACGGCAAUCAGUGGAAGGAGAGAGGCGCUGGUACCGUGAAAUUUUUGAAGCACAAGGAAACUGGCAAAGUUCGGCUCGUUAUGCGCCAAUCGAAGACACUCAAGAUCUGCGCUAACCAUCUCGUUAUUCCUACGAUGUCAGUUCAGGAACACGCCGGGAAUGACAAGUCUUGUGUUUGGCAUGCGGCUGAUUUUGCUGAUGGCGAAUUGAAAGAUGAACUCUUUUGCAUUCGAUUCGGAUCUGUUGAGAAUUGCAAAACUUUCAUGGAAAUGUUUCAAGAGGUAGCUGAAUCUCAACAAAAGACAGGAGAAAACAAAGAUGCAUCUGCUGCUGCUGGGCUGCUCGAGAAGUUAAGUGUCGAAGAUAAGAAAACUGAGGAGAGGGUAUCUGAAACUGAGCCUGGGAAAGUGGAUGCAGAGAAAAAGGGUAAGGAGCCUCCUUCUCCAACUUAAGGAGGGACGGGGGCACAUGGGCGGAGCCAUGCAUGAAGUAGUGGGUUCAAUUGAACUCACUGAAGUUUGAUUUUUAUUUUUAUUUUUUAAUUUUUAAGAAUUAUGUAGUAUUAUAUAAAAUUUUUGUGAUGUUUUCAUAAUUGGCACCAUUAAAAUUGUUCUAAAAAA